UGGUCGCUAAAGUGAGUCGGAACAAAAAAAAAAAAAAUCAUGGGAAGCGAACGGAGCCCCAAGGAGAAGAAGAGAAGCAGAGGUCGGAGCCAAGAUGAUCCUUCGUCUUCCGAUUACGAAGAGAAAGUUGUUAAAAGGCAUCGAGGAACGGAGAAAGACGAUGAAAGGACAAGUAGGAGAAGUGACAAGAAGAAGAAGGAGAAGAAAUCUCACAAGCACCACAAAUCGAGUUCAUCAAAGUCAAAGGAUGAUAAGCAUAAAAAGAAACAGGUGGAAGGUGACAACAAGCUAAAAGAGGGGAUUCCAGAGCUAUCAAUCGAGGACUACUUCUCGAAGAACAAUGAGUUCGCUACGUGGCUGAAAGAAGAAAAGCGUACUUACUUUAAUGAUCUCACUACCGAAGCUGCACGAGAAUUGUUCUCACGUUUUGUCAAGAGAUGGAACAGAGGGAAACUCGAGUCUCGAUACUAUGAGGGAAUCUCCACUGCCCCACGAACAGCUCAUAACUGGAUGAUCAAGCGUAGGUGAAGAAACAAUAACUUCCUCUAGUGUGCGUUGUUGGUUACCUCUCUUCUUGCUUCUUAUGUAUACGCAGCUUAAAGGCACCAGAGAUGCCUCGUUCUGGUUGCUCUACUUAGACCUCUUGUUGCAGUACUUGUUAGAUAGAUUGCUGUUGAGAGACUUGUUUGUAGUCGAGCCAGUUUUCAGUCGAAGUAAAAACAUACCAUUAAAGUUGCUGAAGGACUAUCUCAUUAAUCCUUAUGUAAACCAAAAACGGCUUAGGUUUACUGCUUUUAGUUGUCCUCUUAUUCGGCUAUUGCACUUUUCAAGAUUUUGAUUUA